AUAUAACCAUCAGGCCGUUCUGUCAGGGAGGCGUACACACAACAUCUGUCUUUUUCUCUCCCCGAUCUCUGUCCAAAUGGCCUCAAAACGCGUCGAAGACGAGCACUUCGAGGAGGGUGCCGAGGGUGCAGACGAUGAAGACUUCAUCGACCCCAACGAUGUCCUCGUGGAGUUUGAGGAAGGCGGAGAGGGCGGCGACUUCCCCAUGGAUGACGAUGAGGAAGGCGGAGCAGGAGGCGAGGAAUACAUGGACGAGUCGAUCGUGUACGAAGACAACUCGGCGCAGCACUUCCCCAGUCACAAGGGCUCGGUAUUCGCUGUUUCUGCUCACCCUACCGCACCCGUAGCUGCAUCCGGAGGCGAGGAUGAUCUUGGAUACCUAUGGGACAUCACGACCGGCGAAGAGCUCGUGAAGCUUACGGGCCAUACCGACAGUGUGACCUCUACUGCAUUCAAUGCCGAUGGCGAACUUGUCGCGACGGGCGGUAUGGACGGAAAAGUGCGGAUAUGGCGGAGGGUUGGCAAGGAGAACUGGCGGGUAUGGGAGUUCCUCACAGAGCUCACAGGUCCGGAUGAGGUCAUGUGGCUGCGGUGGCAUCCAAAAGGAAACGUUCUUCUUGCAGGUUCGAAUGACACUACGGUCUGGCUCUGGCAAUUGCCCUCGGGGAACACUAUGCAGGUCUUCGCGGGCCAUAUGGGGCCUGUGACCUGCGGAUCCUUCACGCCAGACGGGAAACGCAUUGUCACCGCCGAUGCCGAAGGAACUCUCAUGUACUGGGACCCCCGCUCGCCAUCACCUGUCUUCAAGCUGACGCCUACCGACGCGCGUUUCGCGUUAGACGGUAUCACCUCCAUCGCCGUCAACCCCGCCUCUACGCUCGCGGUCGUCGGCGGUGCAUCUGGCGGUGUGCGCGUAAUCAGCCUCAACAAGGGCGAUGUCGUUGGAGCGCUCGCUGGCCACCAGGAGGGCGAGAGUGUGGAGGCGGUCGAGUUCGUGGAGCUCGCUACGCCUGGGCCGCUGUCUGGAUCUGCCCCGGCAUCCGGGGGCGUCGUGGUUACUGGAGCUACGGAUGGAAAAGCGUGUAUCUGGGAUCUCAGCACGAUGAGGUUGCGUGCAACACUAGAGCAUGAAGACGCUGUAACAUCUCUGCAUCAUCUUCCCGCGCCGAAGGCCCACCUGAUCGUCUCAGCGUCCGUGGACAAGGUGCUGAGGACAUGGGACGCACGGACUGGAACCCUUGUACGAGAACACAAGGGCCACCAUGGCCCGAUCCUGGACGCCACUCUGGGAUUGGGUGGUAGCGUCGUCGUCAGCGCAGGAGACGACGGCGUAUGUCUCGUUUUCCAGACGGAGUAGUGCUGAUAAAGCAGUUUAGGACGAACAGAAAUGUAUUGCUACCGCACUGUAUGUGACUCCGUAAUUUCUC